AUGAGGCCUGCUCCCAGAAGAGCACCUGCAGCUCAGCCUCCAGCAGCAGCUGCACCAUCUGCAGUUGGCUCACCUGCUGCUGCACCCCAGCAGCCAGGCCUGAUGGCCCAGAUGGCUACCACUGCAGCCGGUAUGGCUGUGGGCUCUGCAGUGGGGAAUACCCUGGGUCACACCAUCACUGGGGGCUUGAGCGGAGGACGUGGGAAUGCUGAGCCUGCAAAGCCUGACAUCACUUACCAGGAGCCGCAGGGAGCCCAGCUGCAGGACCAGCAGUCUUUUGGACCUUGCUCUCUAGAGAUCAAGCAAUUUCUGGAGUGUGCCCAGAACCAGAGUGAUGUCAAGCUCUGUGAGGGCUUCAACGAGGUGCUGCGGCAGUGCAGCAUUGCAAAUGGUCUCAUCUAA